UUAAACUGUUUGACCAGUGUAUAUCUGGAUAUAUUUGAAAUAAUUUAGACCCUUCUAUACUUCAGAUGCCUUUUGGUGAUUUGGUGACUUUUAGUAGGCUAUGAGUACUCCCAUUGUUCUACUAUCUGAUACCAUCACUGUGCCAUGGUCUGCAAACAAUACUCUUUUGUAAGGGGAUCUGACUUUCCACUGAACUGUCUGUUUUUACAUUUAACUUCAUUACCAAACAUCUGAUUCAUCCUGUGACUCAUUAGAAUCGGAUGAUUUAAGUUCAUGUUCACUGUUUUUGGAGGGUAUGUUUACAGAACGGCUGGAUGAGACUCAGUGAGACAGAGACAGAGAGAGAGGUGGUGUUUUAAAGCUUUGUUAUAAACAGAAUCUAAUGGGUGGUCUGUGUUUUGGUGAAGUUAUCUAUGGCCCACUCACUGCAACGUUCCAGGAUCUCCACUGUUUUUCUCCCAAGUGCAAUGAUGUUUAAACGUUAAACGCUGUUGACCUCUGCUGGUCAGGAAGUGAACUGCACAGACAGCAUUAACGCCAUCGUGACCCCUGGUAGCGCUUCAUGUACAACUUCUCAUUUGAAGCUUAAAUAAGAGCAGUACUUAUGUCACAGCAUGAUUUGAUACAGAAAGUUGUACUUCAAAAAGUCCAGACAGAUAGAUAGAUAGAUAGAUAGAUAGAUAGAUAGAUAGAUAGAUAGAUAGAUAGAUAGAUAGAUAGAUAGAUAGAUAGAUAGAUAGAUAGAUAGAUAGAUAGAUAGAUAGAUAGAUAGAUAGAUAGAUAGAUAGAUAGAUAGAUAGAUAGAUAGAUAGAUAGAUAGAUAGACAGAUAGAUAGAUAGAAAUGAUCGAAUGAAAAUGAAUUGACCAUCCUGUAAUCCAGUGAAUCCAGACCAAGGAUUACAGUCUCAUCUGUGUCUCACUCAAUCUCUCACAGGCUGCACAUCACCCACUGUGUUUACUCUGAGAUGAAGCAUCUUGAUCGUAUCAUAAUCCCACCACACAGCACAAAUCACUAGUGUGAGUGAAGAAUGACCAUCUCGCACGCUGCACUGCAUAUGAUACCAGUAGAUUCUCUUCAACACUGCUCCUGUACAAUAGUGUUUCCCUCCCGGCUCAAACACAGACACAUGCACACACUCCCCACCUGCAGCUGCUCCUCUGAUGACAGACUCUAAACUCAGAACUUCCAGGAUGCAUCUGUUGUUCGUGCUUCCCUUGGUGUUCGAGGUCCAGUCCAUCUCCAUGAACCACAACUUCACCUGUGACUGCAAAUGCCAUGUGGAGCUCAAGAGCGCUAUCUGCACCAACAGCAAUUUCACCAACCUGCCCGCCGCCCUUCCACCGUUCACUGAACAACUGGACCUGUCCCACAACCACCUGAGUGCCAUCCAGCCCCGAGCCUUCCACACCACACGAAGACUUCGCGUCCUGCUCCUCAACGACAACGCCAUUGGCAUACUAGCCGAUGGUGCGUUUUCUCUGCUGGAAGAUCUGUUGAGGUUGGACCUGAGCCGGAACCGAAUCACAUCUCUGAGUGAAGGAUUUUCACAGGGUCUCGGUUCCCUUCUUAUUCUGUCAUUGGCUGAGAACAGAUUGACCAGCUUGGACAGCAGUUGUUUCGUCCACUUUGAUGCAUUGCAAAGACUCAACCUCAGCCAUAAUGCUAUCGAAACAAUCAAGAUGAGGGCGUUUGGGUCCAUGAGUACCCUACGCCAGAUACAACUCGAUUGGAACAAUUUAACGGUUCUCAAAAAUGGCAUCUUCUCCAUGCUACGCAAUCUCGAAGUCCUAAAUGUAUGUCACAACCAGAUAGACUUCUUGGACAUCGGCGUGCUUUCGCCAUUGACCAGUCUUGCUCUACUGGACCUCACCUACAACAACCUUUCCACUAUUCAAUUCAAGACCUUCUUGAGUCUUAAUACAUACAGCACUCACAUAAUGCUCAGAGAAAACCCAUGGAAGUGCGACUGUGAUCUGCAGCGAGUCUUCCGGAAGCUCUGUAAUGUCAAACGGCUGUUCCUGGAUGACUACGACAACCUCUCCUGCUUUGAUGAAAACAACAGAAACUACACGGCGGGUUUUCAUAAGGAAUUCUGUGUUGGUGAGAUGGUUACUGUCCUGGUCAUUACAAUCACAGUGGUCAUCACUGUUGUGGCUGCCAUAGUCAUGGCAGAGAAGAAAAGGGGAAAGAAGAACAAAGAAAAGCAUUGGACGGAAACCAGCGAGUUGUCCUGUGCAUCGCAAGAUUGAACUAAUGACAAUAGUGUAAAAAGGAAAAUUAAUCUAUCUCUUUGCUUUAUACUCAUACACAAAUGUCUUACUAAUUUGAAAAAAGAUUUGAUAAAAUGUCACACAAACUAUAUGUGAACUUAUGGCUAGCCAGAUUAUAUAUAUGCUAUGUACUCACUCGAAAUGAACAUAAAGCUUCCGCGAAGAGAAAUAAUUCCAAAACUAACAAACAAGAACUGAAAGCUUAAAGGGAUAGUUCACCCAAAAAUGAAAAUUUUCCAAUAAUUUACUCACCCUCAAGCCAUCCUAAGUGUAUAUGACUAUCUUCUUUCAGACGAACACAAUCAGAGAUAUAUUUAAAAAAUCCUUAGUCCUCCAAGGUUUAUAAUGUUUGCGAAUGGGGGGCCACGUUUUGAAGUCAGAAAUAAUGCAUCCAUCCAUAAAAAAAGUAAUUCAUACAACUCCAGUGGGUUAAUAAAGGCCAUUAAAGCGAAGCGAUUUGUUUUGUUAGAAAAAUAUCCAUAUUUAAAAGUUUAUAAAUUUCAUUAAAGGUACCCUAGAAUCAAAAAUUGAAUUUACUUUGGCAUUGUUGAAUAACAAGAGUUCAGUACAUGGAA